CCCAUCGUUGGUGUCAGUGGGAGGAAGUAGUGCCCCAUCGUUGGUGUCAGUGGGAGGAGUAGUUGCCCCCAUCGUUGGUGUCAGUGGGAGGAGUAGUGCCCCAUCGUUGGUGUCAGUGGGAGGAGUAGUGCCCCAUCGUUGGUGUCAUGGGGAGGAGUAGUGCCCCAUCGUUGGUGUCAGUGGGAGGAGUAGUGCCCCAUCGUUGGUGUCAGUGGGGGAGGAGUAGUGCCCCAUCGUUGGUGUCAGUGGGAGGAGUAGUGCCCAUCGUUGGUGUCAGUGGGAGGAGUAGUGCCCCAUCGUUGGUGUCAGUGGGGGGAGUAGUGCCCCCAUCACUGGUGUCAGUGGGAGGAAUAGUGCCCCAUCAUUGGUGUCAGUGGGGGAGGAAUAGUGCCCCAUCAUUUGGUGUCAGUGGGGGGAGUAGUGCCCCAUCAUUGGUGUCAGUGGGGGGAGUAAGUGCCCCCAUCAUUGGUGUCAGUGGGGGGAGUAGUGCCCCAUCAUUGGUGUCAGUGGGGGGGGAGGAAUAGUGCCACAUCACUGGUGUCAGUGGGAGGAAUAGUGCCCCAUCAUUGGUGUCAGUGGGGGGAGUAG